ACAAACGUACUCUUCUCAUCAAUUACAUUUUCAUUUCCAAAGUCACCUCUCUCUCUCUCUCUCUUUCUCUCCAACCAUUUCCUAGAUGGCAGGACACCUCUACAUGCACAAAUCCAAGUGUCUCCUUCUGUUCCUAAACACAUCCUUCCUCUUCCUCAUCUGCCUCCUCAUAACCCAUCUCAUCUCCUCACCCAAUUCUGAUCUCCACUUCCUCAACCUCUUCAAGAAACCAAAUCCCACCAAUUACCACCAAUUCCUAGACACUGAUAUCGGCUGCGAAGGCCUCCACAGAUUCCCAGACAUCCAAUCAAAAUGCUCUUAUGUGAAUUCCCACAAGGGCUGUCAACUGGGUGGCUACAUACCCUAUCUCCACCUCUUCUAUUGCUCUUUCCCCCCAUUCCUUGGCCACACCAGCCUCUUGCUCUGGCUACUAAUUCUCUUCUACCUCCUUGGCGACACUUCUGCCUCUUACUUCUGUUCUUCUCUCGAGGGUCUGUCGAAAAUCUUGAAGCUCUCUCCCACCAUAGCUGGGGUCACUCUCCUCUCUCUGGGAAACGGAGCGCCUGACCUGUUUGCAAGCAUAGUCUCCUUCAUGGGAGAAAGCACCAACGAAGUUGGACUCAACAGCAUUCUUGGAGGUGCAUUCUUUGUGUCCACAGCCGUGGUUGGAAUCAUAAGCAUUUGCGUUUGCCCGAGCCAGGUUUCGAUCGAUAAGUCGAGCUUCGUGAGGGAUGUCCUCUUCCUGCUUCUCUCUCUCCUCUGCCUGCUUGUUAUCAUCAUCUUUGGCACCAUCAACUUGUUAGGUGCCAUCUCUUUUCUGUCGCUUUAUUUCGUCUACGUGUUCUUGGUGUCCGUAUCAGAGUUAUGCAGCAAGGACAGAGGAGGAAAUCCCAUAUUGCCCUUAGCUAGCGCCAAGAUUUAUCCAAAUGGGGAUGAAUCAAAAGAGAAAGAUUCAGAGCUUGGAGCACCUUUGUUGUUGAAAUUUGUGGAUGAUGAGAGGCCUGUUUUGGUCAUUACAGAUGAGGUUAAACUUCAAGCCAAAGAAGAUGGAAAAGGGUGUUUGAAUAGUGAAACAUCUUAUUCAAUCUGUUUGUUUCUUGGGAAAAUUCUGUGGAUUCUACAGCUGCCACUGUCCUUGCCAAGAAGGUUAACCAUUCCAGUGAUUUCUGAGGAAAGAUGGUCAAAACCAUGUGCAGUGAUUUCAGUCACUUUAGCUCCAAUUUUAUUGGCUUUGGUUUGGAGUUCUAAAGGGCCAAACUUUCUCAUAUAUGGAGUGGGUGGGUCAGUUGGAGCUAUAUUGGGCUCUCUUGUUUUCUUCAAGACUAAUGGGCCAGGCCCACCAAGGAAGUGGCUGUUCCCUUGGCUUGCAGGUGGAUUCUUGAUGAGCAUCACCUGGACUUAUAUCCUGGCCCAGGAACUGGUUUCUCUGUUGGUUUCGAUUGGGCUUAUUGUGGGGAUAAGCCCAUCACUUCUUGGGCUGACUGUCCUUGCUUGGGGCAAUUCUCUUGGUGACUUGGUGGCCAAUGUGACAAUGGCAAGAAAAGGUGGGCCGGAUGGAGUCCAGGUUGCCAUUUCCGGGUGCUACGCUGGGCCCAUUUUCAACACCCUGGUGGGCCUGGGCCUGUCGCUUGUUUUUGCCGCGUGGGCCGUGUAUCCAUCCUGUUAUGUCUUGCCUAGAGAUGCCCCUGUGUAUGAAACUUUGGGCUUCCUUAUGGGUGGCUUGCUUUGGGCCCUUGUGGUGCUGCCCAAGAACAAUAUGAGGCCCGAUAGGCUUGUCGCGGCCGGGCUUUUGGCCAUAUAUUUGUGCUUUUUGUUCCUAAAGUUGGCAAGAACUCUUGGCCUAGUUCAAUUUCAUGAGUCCCUUCCCCAUUUCAGGACGUAGUUACUUUUAUUUUGUAUGUAGAGAUUUUACGGAGGAUGUGCAUGGCACUAAUUGUAAGUAGUAAUGAAUAGGAAUCCUCUGUCUAAAGUAGUAUGAUUUUUGUUUCGUUAGAUUUGUCUAAACGUGAAUGUGUUAAUGAAAGAGUAUCGGUUGAACAUCA